CAGUGCAUUGUGGGAUAGCAAAUGAUCAGCGAUGGCGGCGAGACCAAAGCUCCUGAAACUUUUCAUUGUAACUUAUUUGCAUGUAACAUUCCUUUCUCUGAACUACUUUAUCGAUGCUGCAGACGUGACGUGGGAUGAAAACGGAUACAUUCUGUACUGCCCGUGCAUGGGUCGGUUUGGAAAUCAAGUGGAUCAUUUUCUUGGAUCACUGGCUUUUGCUAAAAUGCUUAACAGAACACUCGCGGUUCCGCCGUGGAUUGUUUACCGUCAUCACUCCCCCCCUUUUAAAAACGUGCACAUCCCUUACAGUGAGUAUUUCCAGUUGGAGCCAGUGAAGCAGUACCACCGUGUGGUGAGUCUGGAGGACUUCAUGGAGCACUUGGCUCCUAAGCACUGGCCCCUUGGUCAGAGAUUCGCCUACUGCUUCGAGUCCGCAUCUCACAGGAGCGUGGACAAAAAGAGCUGUCCGAUGAAGGUUGGAAAUCCUUUUGGACCGUUCUGGGACCAUAUUGGAGUCGAUUUUGACCAUUCCAUUCUUUUCGGAGGUCUGUCAUUUAGCUCCUAUUACCAGCCGCACUGGAUAAAGAGGUUUCCCCCAGCGGAGCAUCCCGUUCUCGCUCUUCCAGGAGCCCCAGCUCAGUUCCCUGUACUGGAGGAGCACAUUGGACUGCAGCAGUAUGUGGUGUGGUCUGACAAACUGGUACAGGAAGGAGAAGGCCAUAUCAACACCCUGCUAAGCAGACCCUAUGUGGGCAUCCAUCUGAGGAUUGGCUCUGAUUGGCAAAAUGCCUGCAAGCUUUUGAAUUCGGGUGAUACUGGUCCUCACUUCAUGGCGUCUCCACAGUGUGUGGGAUACGACCGGAAAACUGCCCUGCCGUUGACCAUGACCAUGUGUUUACCGGAUCUGUCCGAGAUCCGUCGUGCUGUGAAACUCUGGGUGAAGAACACCAGUGCUCAGUCAGUAUACAUCGCCACCGACUCCGAAUCGCACACCGCAGAGAUUGAGAAACUCUUCAAGGGCAAGGUGAAGGUUGUGAGCUUGCAGCCGGACACUGCUCAGGUCGACCUGUACGUCCUCGGCCAGGCCGAUCACUUCAUCGGCAACUGUGUCUCGUCCUUCUCGGCCUUUGUUAAAAGGGAGAGAGAUGUUCACGGGAAACCGUCAUCCUUCUUUGGCAUGGACUACCCAGGAAAAAGGGAAACAAAAGAGGAACUCUAAUGAAAUUAAGAGACGGCGUUUUUGUAACUGUGAAGACUGGUUGAUGUUUUGCAUGUUUCAGGUGUCAUUACAUUAAGGGAGAACAACGGAAGUUAGUUCCUUAUUGAUUUCCCGGGACACACCAUAUCUCCCAUUUUGCACUACUAGCCUAAAUGUGAGCAACCAAACCAGAAAAAAAAUGCUCCACUAGAUCUUGCUCACUGUUUCUUCUAGAAAGAAGUGGGUAUUUAUCAUGGCAUAUCGAUUUCUGGUAUAUGUUUGUACAGAGUGGCUGAUUUGAGGAUAGAAACUGACUCGUGUUAGGGUUUUGGAAUUAUGAUCGAGAGACUAGUCAGGUGUAAGCGGUUAGAAAUUGCACUAGAAAUUGCAGCGGUUUCUGAAAAUGUAUUAAAAAUAACAUUGAAUGCAUGUCAUACAGACUUUCUGGUGUAAUAUUGCAAAUUAUUUUGAAAGUCAGUGUGAAACCGAAUGGCAGAAAUGUUUUAUAAGUGUUUUAUGCUGUUUGUAAUUGUUAGGAAUUUUGUAUUGGGUGACAUUCCCCAAAUUAGUUUAUCAAUUGAAAAUAAAACAAGUGCAUUUGUA